UUAUAUUAUGAUCCAUAACCGAAUCAUCUAAAUUCAUCAAUUUAUUACUCACAAGUCACAUUCAUGGCAGACCAAAGACAACAACCAUCACGGUUUAAGUUCAUAUGGGGAGGAGCCGGUUCGACUCCCCCAACCACCCGAACUCCCAUUAGAUCAACUUCCGGUUUGGAUCAAACAACAAAUCCUCCUAUAAGGCGUCAAUCCACCCGACAAACUCAACCGCCACCGCCUUCACAGUCUCGCCCAUCGGUUCAACCCCCAACCACUCGAACUCCCGUUAGAUCAGCUUCUGGUUUGAAUAUUCCCAAGGAAACCAAGAACGAGGUGGAACCGAAAAAGCUCCCACAAGAAUUGGAUUCAAUCAAAAAACCCGAACCUUCUACAACCAACGAUGAAAAAGGCUCAAAAACAACAAACAAUUCCAAAGAAACCUCGAAACUUGCCUCACAAGAAAGUUCAAAGCCUACGUCAACUUCUCAGCCCGAGCCUUCAUCGAUGAAACCUGAUCUUUCGGGACCUAAAUCAGCGACGUUUGAGAUAAAGACAUCGCCAAAGCAUCCGCUAGAGGAAGAAAAGACAUCCAAACAAACAACCCAAGACUCUGAAUCUUCCGCAGCCAAAGAAUCCACGUUACUUGUCCCACAAGAAACUACAAAGCCAGCAAUUUCUUCACCGGAUAUCCUAAACCCUACCCCGACGUCGGAUGAGUCUUCGAUCUCCGUAUCCGAUCUCGCACAAAAAACAAAAUCUUUUACAACCAAAGAACCCGCAUUACUUGUUCCACAAGAAACCAAAAACCCGACAAAUUCUUCACAGGAGACACUAAACCCUAAGUCUUCAAUCUCCACAUCCAACAUUGCACAAAAACCGGAAUCUUCUACAACCAAAGAACCUGCCUUACUUGUUCCACAAGAAACCACAAACCCGUCAACUAAUUCUUCACCGGAUACCCUAAACCCUAAGUCUUCAAUCUCCACAUCGGACGUUGCACAAAAAUCGGAAUCUUCUACAACCAAAGAACCUGCGUUACUUGUUCCACAAGAAACCAGAAACCCACCAACUUCUUCACCGGAUACCAUAAACCCUAAGUCUUCAAUCUCCACAUCUUCUACAACCAAAGAACCCAUGUUACUUGUCCCACAAGAAACUACAAACCCGAAAACUUCUUCACCAAAGUCGGAGACAAAAACAACACAACCAAAACCCGAGCCAGAGACAAUAACAAAAACGGAAAAGUUGCCACAAGAAGCCGACAAAACAUUAGUAGCUGCAACACAUGAUAUAAUCAAGAUCGUGCGGGAAUCAAAUCAUAAGAUAACUUCAACCAACGGCGGUGGAGAUCGAAUACAUCCCAUGAAAAACGAAAUAAAAGAGGAUAACAAUUCUAGCCUCGUCAAGAAAUCUGGUCUAGACAAUCCAAAGUAUCCAAUAGAAGGAAAACAAGUAACCGUCAUAACCUUAGCCGGGGAAAACAGAGGUGCAUCAAUGCAACUCGGUUCGGAUUCUGCGAAAGAAGCCAUGCACAUUCAUAGGGGUUACCAAAGAGAAGAGAAUCAUACCGAAAACAAAUCCAAAGCACAACAUGUGAAAGAGACAAAGGCAAAAGAAGAUGAUCAUGAAGGGCCAAUUAUGAGAACUUUAAUCAAUAGUAAUGUACAAAGCAUCAACAACUCGAUUGUCUUCAACAGUUCCGUGUCGAAAAGGGACCCGGGCGUCCAAUUCACGUUUCCUAAAGGUCUCAAAGAAGAAGAAUCGUCAAAAUUGCGCGAAAAAAAAGAAACUUUUGAUGCAAAGAAGAUGCAGUUUGAAGUUACACCUUCCAAACAGGUUGCUUAUGAGCCUCGAGUAAGAAGAAGGUGUUUGAAAGGGCUUCUCAUGGAAUCGAGCGAUUCGGAUUCAGAUAAUCCUGAAAAGAAUAGUCGGCAUGGCUGUCGAUAUGUUCGUGGAGAGAAGAGUGACAUGAACAUUCAAAUAAACUAAUGGCAUUACAUAAAUAUAACUAUAAUAAAAAUAAGAUGAAUGCAAGUACUAUGAUAUGAAUAAAUUGACAAAUGAUUGAUAUUUGAUACAUUUCAAUAAAAUAAUUUAAUUUGUUUUCCCA